UCAGAUGCAGUUCUGCAGGUGUGCACUGUUGACCUCCUUAAAGACAGAAAAGGGCAAAAUCGACUGGAACAUCACACAGGUUGUUAUCAGAGUGAUCACCUUAUCGUCCGCAGAGGGCAGUGUUUUCAGAUGUGGGUUGAGCUGAGCCGAGCUUUCAUUCCAAAUAGAGACAAAUUUCACCUGGAGCUGAAACUUGGUCAUAUCUCAUCCAUCCGGGACGGCACUUAUGUAAUCGUUCCAAUUGUGGAAGAAUUCAAGAAAGACUGCUGGGGAGCAAAGAUUGUAGAACAAGGACAAAACCGAAUCAAACUGUGUGUGCACUCUGUUCCGACUGCUUGCGUUGGACGAUACCAGCUCAGUGUCGUGACACACUGUCCAGGAGGCAGAUUCACUUUACCUUGUGUUCCUCAAAAUGACAUUUACAUGCUGUUCAACCCCUGGUGUAAAGAUGACUGUGUGUACCUGGAAGAUGACUCAGAGAGAGCUGAGUAUGUGCUGAAUGACAUGGGCAGAAUCUACUAUGGAACUAAGCAGCAGAUUGGCUGCAGAACAUGGAACUUUGGUCAAUUCGAGGAGGGAAUCUUGUCUGCGUGUAUUUAUGUGUUGGAGAAGAGCUGUACACCUUGCUCAGGAUGGGGAAACCCCAUUAACAUUUCCAGAGUGGUGUCUGACAUGGUUAUUGCCAACAAAGACUGUGGUGUGCUGGUGGGUAACUGGUCAAACUGCUAUGGAGAUGGAACCGCUCCGACAUCCUGGUGCAGCAGCAGUGCCAUCCUGAAACAGUACCACAAAUGUGGAGGAAUACCGGUCAAAUAUGGACAGAGCUCGGCCUUUGCUGGAGUCACCAACACACUGUUGAGGUGUUUGGGAAUUCCUGCUCGUCCAGUCUCAAACUUCUGUUCUGCUCAUGACACUGACGUUUGUUUGACAUCUGACGUCUAUUUGGAUGAGAAAUUCCAGCUGAUUGAUCACAUGAACUGUAAUUCAAUCUGGAACUACCACGUGUGGAAUGAGGCCUGGAUGACUCGGUCAGACCUGCCAUCUGGUUUCGGAGGUUGGCAGGUGGUUGAUUCCACUCCUCAAUUGACCAGCCAGGGCUUCUUCCACUGCGGCCCCACCUCUGUUGCUGCGAUCCGUAGUGGACAGACCUUCCUGAAGCACGAUGUGCCAUUUGUUUUUGCUGAAGUGAACAAUGAUAGAGUCUACUGGCAGCAGAGAUGUAAUGGGACAUUUGGUGUUGUCCAUGUUGAAAAAAAUGCAGUUGGUCACUGCAUCAGCACCAAAGCUGUCGGAUCAGACAAACGCUUUGAUAUCACACACCUCUACAAACAUCCACGAGGUACGGAGGAAGAGCGCAUUGCUUUAGAAACAGCAAUUCGUCAUGGCUCCAAGCGGUGUACCUACCCAUUGCCCUGUGCUGAGGAUGUGACUGUUAAAGUCACCAUGCAGGGUGAUGGACCAUGCGUGGGCAAGGAUGCUGUGCUUUCCAUCGUUUUGAAGAAUAAAUGCAACUCACCUCGUACCGUCACUCUGUACAGUCAAGUGGCAGCCACAUACUACACCGGAGUCCAUAAUUCCUUAGUGAGGAAGAGCCAAAUGAACAUUGAGAUGAAGGCCUGUGAGGUCCAGACUGUACCUUGGACCCUGCGAUAUGACGAGUAUAAUAACCACCUAGGAGACCAGGCAGCCUUGAUGCUCCAUCUCUUUGGACACGUGGCUCAGACCAAGCAGAUUCUUGCAACCCAGUUCCACUUCAGACUGCGCACACCAGACCUUGUUAUUUCUCCUGUAUGUGAUGCUGUUGUGGGUCAAGAAGUGCCAGUAAAAAUCACAUUCCAGAAUCCACUUUCUUGCAGUCUAAGGAAUGUGAUAUUCCGUAUUGAGGGUCUGGGACUGAAGCAUGCCAGACUUGUUAAAUAUGGUGAUAUUGCAAGCCUGGCCACAGUGAACCUGACAGAGACAUUUGUUCCAGUGAGGCAUGGCACACAUAAAAUUCUGGCAUCACUUGACUGUUCCCAACUUAAUCAAGUCCAUGGAGUUGCCAACAUUACUGUUAAAAAGUGA